AUGGCUACGAAACAAAGCAUCGACGACAAGGCCGCCAACAUGGAGCGCAUCGAGUAUGUUGAGACCACAGAUGGGGACUUGGUGAAACCCAAGAUGGAGAAGGUCGACGAGUUUGGCGCACACUCGAAGACGGACCCGAAGGAGAUUGCGGUGGUGAGGAAGAUUGACUGGUACAUGCUGCCCAUCCUAUGGCUCAUGUACUUCAUGAACUUUCUCGACCGGAAUGCCAUGAUCAAUGGGAAGCUCAACAGCUUGUCCAAAGACUUGGGCCUCAAGGGCACCCAAUACAAUACCUGCGUUUCGAUUCUGUUUGUCGGAUAUCUGGCUGGACAGAUUCCCUCAAACAUGAUCCUCAACAGAGUAAGACCAUCGUGGUACAUGGCUGGAUUCUCCAUGGCAUGGUCCAUUGUCAGCCUGCUCACCUACCUGACCCAUGACUACAAAACCAUGUUGGCCUGCCGCUUCAUCCUCGGCAUCGUGGAAGCUCCAUUCUACCCGGGCGCCCUCUACAUGCUCAGCAUGUUCUACACCCGCAAAGAGCUCGCCACCCGCAUGUCCAUCUUCUACACGGGCAACAUGCUCGCCAGCGCCUUCUCCGGCCUCAUCGCCGCCGGCAUCUUCGCCGGGCUCGAAGGCAAACACGGCCUCGCAGGCUGGCAAUGGCUCUUCAUAAUCCAAGGCGCCAUCUCCAUCGCCGUCUCCCUCGCCGCCUUCUUCCUCCUCCCCGACGCGCCCCUCCAAACCCGCUGGCUCACCCCCACCGAACGCCACCUCGCCCACAACCGCAUCGCGCUCGACACCACCGCCCGCAGCGGCGGCGCCGACGCCGACGCCCACACAUCCGUCUGGGCCGGGCUGCGCGCCGCCUGCAGCGACUGGCGCACGUGGGUGUUCUGCCUGAUGGACAACCUGCACCUGUCGGCGAACGGGUUCAAGAACUUCUUGCCGACGGUGGUCAAGACGCUCGGGUUCGACACGACGGUGACGCUGGUGCUGACGUGUCCGCCGUACGUGGUGGCGGGCUUGGUGUCGAUCGCGGUGUCGCAUUCGUCCGGGCGGUGCAACGAAAGGACGUGGCACACGACGGCGUCGAAGCUGGUGGCGAUCGCGGGGUUCGCGAUUGCCGUGGGGACGCUGAACACGGCGGCGAGGUAUGUGGGCGUCAUGUUGUUCGUGGGCGCGACGUAUGGGGUCAAUAAUAUCAUUCUGUCGUGGACGGCGGCGACGCUGGGCCAGACGGACGAGAAGAAGGCGGUGGCGAUUGCCAUGUGCAACACGCUUGGCAAUCUGGCCAGCGUGUAUACGCCGUAUCUGUGGCCGGAUGCGGAUGCGCCGAGGUUUUUGCCGGCCAUGCUGGCGAGUAUCGGGUUCUCGGCGGGGGUGAUUGUGUGUGCGUGGGUGAUGAGGGUGAUGCUGAUGAGGCAGAAUCGGAAGAUGAGGGAGGAGGAUCCUGGGGUGCUGAAUCUGUAUGUGUACUGA